GUGGAUGAAAGCCCUGUAUAGUCCUGUUUUGUUCUUACCUAAUGCAUUUGACAUGUCCCAAUAUUUGCUUCUGUACUUUCCUCCGGGAGCUUCUCGAAGUUUAUGAGGAACAGAGUGAAUAGCUCCAAAUCAAAGCCUCCUAUUCAAUAAGGAUCAGCUCUUGGGAUUUAGACUUGCUGAGACGCUGGGAGAUUAACGCUGGAAAUGCGUAUACAACGACUCGUCUGGGUUUUUUUUUUCUCUUGUGUGGUUAUUACACUGAUAUUGCGAGAGAGCGUAAUUUAUCGUUGAAGCGAUGUGGCAUUCGUGUUUACACCACCUACCAGGCUAUUGAGAAGUUGAGACCAUUUAGAUGCUCAGCGCAGAGGGCUUGAAGGAGUACUUCUGUAAAUUUGGCGAGGUAAAGGAGUGUAUGGUGAUGCGGGAUCCCGUUACCAAGCGGUCGAGGGGAUUCGGGUUUGUAACAUACGCAGAACAAGCUGGUGUGGAUAAAGUUUUGGCGCAAAACAGACACGAGCUGGAUUCUAAAACGAUCGACCCAAAGGUGGCGUUUCCCCGUCGAGCCCAGCCUAAGCUGGUGACCAGGACAAAGAAGAUCUUUGUCGGAGGACUGUCAGUCAAUACCACCAUCGAAGAUGUGAAGCAAUACUUUGACCAGUUUGGAAAGGUCGAUGAUGCCAUGCUCAUGUUCGACAAAACAACUAACAGGCACAGAGGCUUCGGCUUUGUCACCUUUGAGAAUGAAGACGUGGUGGAGAAAGUGUGCGAGAUCCACUUCCACGAGAUCAACAACAAAAUGGUUGAGUGUAAGAAAGCCCAGCCCAAGGAAGUGAUGUCACCAACGGGCUCAGCCAGGGGGCGUUCCAGAGUGAUGCCCUAUGGCAUGGACGCCUUCAUGCUGGGCAUCGGUAUGCUGGGCUAUCCAGGUUUCCAGACUACUACCUACACCAGUCGCAGUUACUCUGGCAUUGCGCCUGGUUACACUUACCAGUUCCCUGAAUUCCAUUUAGAGAGGACCCCCCUCCUGACAUCAUCCCACCCCCCUGAGCUGGCAGCCAUUCCCUUGACUGCAUAUGGACCAAUGGCAGCGGCAGCGGCAGCAGCAGUAGUUAGAGGCUCCACCCCGUCUCGUACAGCUGGCUUCUUGGGCACCAGCAGCCCUGGGCCAAUGGCUGACCUGUAUGCUGCAGCCAAUCAGGACUCAGGAGUCAGCAGCUACAUCAGUGCCGCCAGCCCCGCCCCCAGCACAGGGUUCGGCCACGGUCUAGGAGGUCCUCUGAUUGCUACUGCUUUCACUAACGGCUACCACUGAGAAGACUCAGGUCACUGAAGAUGGGCGGAGUUCUCCUCUGCUGAUGAGCCAAUCAGAAUGCUGGGUGCCCAUGGCGGCACAGCGUGAUUGGCUGCCACAGGCUCUACUGGGGUCCUGGCUCCUUGCGACUCCACCCACCGACUGAAGAUCUUUUUAAAUCCUGAACUCUGUUUUGCUGUACUAAUCUCACUUCACCAUAAUGUCCCCCCUGUCUCUCCUGUUCUUUUGUCCUCAUAUAGGCUAAUACCUAGAUUCCCACUGUCCUUUCCUUUGAAUUUUUCUGCAGCUUGAAAAAGAAAACUGCAAAAAAAAUCUCUCUGAGGAAACGUUUGUCAUUGUGUUCAUGACAAGUACACAGAGGACUCUGUUUUUGCUUACUAUUUGAGUUUUUUUUUUUUUUGUAUUAUGUUAUUUUAUUUCAAUGUGAUAUGUUGUUUCAUCAUGAAUCCUUGAAAUCUGUUACUGAUGUGAGCAGAGAGAGAUGUAAUGCUGUGCAAGGUGGGGCGUCUUUGUCUAAAAGGAACCCAACCAUUUUUAACAGAGGAAGAACAAAAUCCAACAACACUCAAAUUCCUUUUUUAACUCAAGUGUCACGGAAACACACACAAAAAAACUAAAAUGUAUAUUUUGGUAGUCUUUAAAAACAAACCUUUGUAAUAUUGUUAUUAAUAUUGACGGUAAUAAUGAUAAUCUGUAAGGUAUUUUAUUCUGUAAUUGGUUUUAAAGCAAUGUUUUUAUGUCUUCCUGUAAGAUAUUGUAUAUAGAUGUUGGGAUGAGGGGAGGGUUGCGGGGUGGAGGGAUUACUGAACCAGUUGGCAUGUCUUUUGUUGGUUUGGAAAGGGUUAAAGGUACUGACAGCAAUUGGACAGGGUGCCAUCAACAACUACGAGUGGUCAUCUCACCAUUUUUCUCAGUAUGCAUACAAUAUUUGUGUGUAUGCAUGCGUUCCAGGCUUGUCUGCGUUACAAGUGGCCAUUCCAGCAUUGCCUCGGCACAGUGCUGUUUACUAUAGUUCUUAAUAAACUGUCUGGCAUAUCCACUUAUCCAGUUAAAUGAUAACAUCGAUCUUGUCACAAAUUCAUCACUCACUUACUUGACUCUUGGAAAAGCAACUAUGACUGUAUUAAUUUAUCACUGGACCAGAUUUCUUUAUGUAUUACUGAAACCUGGUCAACAACCGAAAUAGUCAUAAUUAGAGAAAAACAUUCAGUUUAAACUCAUAUCCCAUCCUAAUCUGGAAUAAAUGACUGACCAAGGAAGAAAUAAGACCCUAAAGGAGUUUUUAGGGCAACGAGGAAUCAGGGGGGGUUUAUGGGUUUUGGGGACUGACUUGACUACCGCUUUUUGGAAAGGAUUAUAUAUUAUAUUUUUUGCGCAGUUCACUUCAUAAUGUCUUUGUCUCUCUCUCUUCUUUGUUUUUGUUUUUGUUUUUCGCCAUUCUUUUAUACGGUGUUAUCGACCGUGAAAACAAAUGAAGGACAUUCUCAGAGAAGCAGUUCUAGAAAAAACAUCACGAUCAUGUUUUGUCCUGUUAUCACUAUUGAAGGUGCAUGUGCUUGCGUCUGAGCGUGUGUGAGUGAGUGUUUGUGCGCAUACAUCAAGGUGUAAUAUGGAACUACUUUUGGCAGCGAAGGAGCAUUUCGAUUGCCAUUUUUUUUGGUACUGAAAAGAUUGCCUGGUUCCAUUUUGGUUCACUGGCCCCUCUCCCCCGUGCCUCCUCCCCAUUUCACAUGUAAUGGUUAUAUUCUUAUGUUUUGUGGUCUUCUGGAUCGAACAUGUUGUUUAUACACAGUUGCUGCUCAGUGUAAUGAUGACCAGUGGGGUUGGGUCAAGGAACCAGACAUGGAACAGGGCCUGCUCCCAGUCAGUUCUGAUGGAGGCUGUCUGCAUGGAAAACACUGGUUGGCAGGGAGGAAAUUGCUGGAACAAAUUUCGACAUUUGGGGGGGGAAAAAAACGGUUUUCAUACAGAUUUGGGUUGCUCGGUUGUGUAAAUCUCCUGCAACCUGUUACACCACGCAGUGUGGGUCUGAAAUAACUCCCUGACCUGGCCAGCUAGUGCCUCUCUCAAACUGCCUGGGACACGACAUAAAACUACUGCUGGACACCAACACUGUAACUUUUUAACUUACAAUAAAGCAAUAAGUUAUUUUUUACCUUACAAAUGAAAAUAAUACUAUUAUUGGUAAUAGGAGACGACGUAUUGAUAAUUCUGCGGCAUUAAGACUUAUUUUCAGAAAAAAAAAGAAACUAUAUUUUUCUGUUUUCAGAUCUUGUUCCCCAUGUACAUUGAUUUUAAUGAUGUUGUUUUGUUUGUGCUGAUGUCAGGAAAAGGGCCAAUGCUUUGAAUGGAGCUUGAAGCUCUAAAUGAGCUCUUGAACAACAGUUAAACUAAACUGAUUUGGGCUGUUCCCCACCAAGCUUUAUCACAAUGCUUUUCUUUUUUUUUCUUUGUUUUUCUCUGGAAAUUUCAAUUUAAAAAUUCCUAAUAAAUUAUUCUAAAGCA